CUUUCUUUAAUCUAUGGUUUAAUGGUAGGGUUUCGUCGUUUCGUUGGUUUCGUUGAACGACCGACUUGUGUAAAUUGUUUUGUUUUGUGAAUAAUUUCAUUUUUACUUUUAAAAAUAAGGUUUUAACAUAAUGUUAUCAUAUACUAUCGCAAAAACUGUUAGUGCAAACAAAUAUUGCAUCUGGGCCAAUAUUUUGUGAUCUAGAUGCAAUAGCAGUGAUAUUUUCCCACAUAAUUAUGGUUAACUGACGUUAGACUGUGCAUCCUCAAUUAUGGCAGACCCAGGUUAUUAUCACAGUGAUUAUAUUCGACACCCUGUUCUACACGAGCUCGGCGUCAAGUACGGAAUAAAGACUGAAUGUAUUCCAGAAAUAGCAUUGCCGACUAAGUUAGAGGAACUCAAGGAUGUCAUACGUAGAGAGAUACGUAAAGAACUCAAAAUAAAAGAGGGUGCUGAGAAACUACGCGAAGUGGCCACGGACAGGCGAUCGCUUUCCGACGUUGCCAAUAUCGUUAAAAAAGCUAAUAUAAAACUAAACGAGUUGAAAUCGGACCUGCAAGAGCUGGAAUCUCAACUCCUAUUGUCUCGUGGUCAGUCUACACCCACGUCGCCGGAGGACUUAUCUUACGAUGAAGAGAUCAUCUUGGCUUCGGAAGCGGCGCAGCAGCAGAGGCAGCUUGGUGAAGCCACAACUGAUAGAAAACUAGCAUCUCUUGAAAAACAGUUAAACAUUGAACUAAAAGUAAAGCAAGGCGCCGAAAAUAUGAUACAAAGUAUAAGCAGCAGUAACCAAUCAAGAGACAAAAAGCUGUUAGCUGAAGCACAUCAAAUGCUUGCUGAUUCUAAAGAUAAAAUUGAAUAUUUAAAGUUGCGUAUAUCAAAAUUGACCAAGCAACAAAAAGGUGAUAAUGCUGGAUCAAAUGGUGAUGGCAGGACAACAGAUGCAACUGGGGUUGAUGCAUUGUUAGAUGAGAGAAUAGCAGAGCUAAGGAACCGUCUACGUAUAGAGGCAGCUGUAGUGGAAGGCUCAAAAAAUGCCAUAAGACUUUUGCAAAGUGAUAAAAAAGUUACUGACAAGAAAGCAUUGCAAGAAGCCCAGACCAGUCUUUUGGAGUCUACACAGAAAUUAGAUUUACUGCGUAGGUCUCUAGACAUGCGUCGGCAAGAACUUCCUGCAGAAAGUGCUGCUUUUGUAGAACUUGGACAUGAGUUACGCAGUACUGGCUCAAGUCCAGGCUACGUAAGUCUGUCAGGUGGGAGUGGAUCCAGAGCUCCAUUCUUGUCACCAGCACCCAUGAUUAGUCCGUGUGUACAAGUGACUGGUACACUGGAAGUCCGGUUAAUGGGUUGCCAAGAUCUCUUGGAAGAUGUGCCAGGUCGCAGUCGUCGUGAUCCCCUUGCCAGCCCUUCAGACUUGAAAUCUUUUGUCAAGGGUGUGACAAUACGUAAUUCUAUGAAAUAUACAUACAGCAUUAAAGAAGACACAAGCAAUGAGAUAAUGGCAGUAUUAAAGCUUGACAAUCACACCGUAGCCCAGACCAGCUGGAGGCCUUGCUCACAACAAGCAUGGGAUCAAAGAUUCACAAUGAAGUUGGAUAAAUCAAGAGAACUUGAGAUUGGAAUUCAUUGGAAAGAUUGGCGGGGGCUAUGUGCUAUUAAGUUCUUAAGAUUGGAAGAAUUUAUUGAUGAUAUACGUCAUGGUAUGGCAUUAGAACUUGAACCACAAGGUCUUUUAUUUGCUGAAAUAAAAUUCCUGAAUCCAAUUAUAUCUAGAAAACCAAAACUACAAAGACAGAGAAAGAUUUUCAAGCAACAAGGUAAAAAUAUACCAAGACCAUCUUAUGGUGAUAUGCAUAUACCUGCUGUUGUAUUAGGCAGACUCUUAAAACGGUCUUCUCCAUCCAUUCAAAAUAUUCAAACUGCUCAUAUAACUCCUCCACAACAACACAGCUUUGAAUCAGCAUCUGUUGAUAACAGAGAGAUAGAAAAUCCAAAUAUCACACUUGGUGGCAUGGCAGGAAUUCGUCCACUGGGUCUACCUUCUACUCCAACUACACCUCAGGUGCCCAGCACUCCUCCACCCAAACCAACAUUACCCCUUCAACCACCACCCAAUGUGUCUACACUGAGAAUGGAAAAAGAACUUCAAGAAGCCUUUGCAUUUUUAGAAGACUCUUAUACAAAAGAUAAUUAUGUCACAAAAGAACCACAAACACCGUCUUGUGACACUCCAUUGGUGGAAUAUCCUCCAUCACCAUCUCCAAAAUUGUUAUUGGAGUACCCAAGCAAUGAAGACCAGAUAGUCGAAGUAACAAGUAAUAUGCGAUUGUCAUCCUCUCGAUCUUCAUCAGUUAUAGAGACUAUGGGCAAAGAACAAGACUCUAGAAGGCAAUCUGGUGAAAUGUCAAUGGAAAGUUUUAGAUUAUUAAGUGUUCUUGGCAGAGGUCACUUUGGCAAAGUAAUCCUAGCCCAGUACAGACCAACAAAUGAGUACUUUGCAAUAAAAGCCCUAAAGAAAGGCGACAUAAUAGCAAGAGACGAAGUUGAUUCUUUGUUGUCGGAAAAAAGAAUAUUUGAGGUUGCUAAUGCUAUCAGGCAUCCAUUUUUAGUAAAUUUAUUUGCUUGUUUCCAGACAGAUCAACAUGUUUGUUUUGUAAUGGAAUAUGCAGCUGGAGGUGAUCUUAUGAUGCAUAUACAUGCUGAUGUGUUCACCGAGCCUAGGGCAGUAUUUUAUGCAGCUUGUGUAGUAUUAGGCCUACAGUAUUUACAUGAAAAUAAUAUUAUUUAUAGAGAUUUAAAGUUAGACAACUUACUUUUAGAUACUGAGGGCUAUGUUAAGAUAGCUGAUUUUGGCCUGUGUAAGGAAGGUAUGGGAUGGGGUGACCGUACGGGUACAUUCUGUGGAACACCAGAAUUUCUCGCCCCAGAGGUGUUAACCGAGACAUCCUACACGCGAGCUGUUGACUGGUGGGGUCUGGGCGUUUUAAUAUUUGAAAUGUUAGUUGGUGAAUCGCCAUUCCCAGGUGAAGAUGAAGGAGAAGUUUUUGACUCGAUUGUUAAUGACGAAGUACGCUACCCCAGAACUUUAUCUCUAGAAGCCAUAGCGCUUAUGCGUCGAUUGCUGCGAAAGAACCCUGAAAGACGCUUAGGCUCUUCUGAGAGAGAUGCAGAAGAUGUGAAGAAGCAGGCAUUCUUCCGAAAUGUGGAUUGGGAGCAAUUGUUGCUUCGAAAGGUAAAACCACCAUUUGUGCCAACAAUACAGAACUUAGAGGAUGUAAGCAAUUUCGACAGCGAGUUCACGUCUGAAGCAGCCGUGCUUACGCCUCCGAAGGAGCCGCGACCACUCAGUGCCACUGACCACAAGUUAUUCCAAGACUUCACCUACAUGGCAGACUGGUGCUAGGCCUAAAACGUGACAUUUUAAUGAUAAUAAUGCAAUUAGAUUUUAAUUUUACAAAAUAAACCCCCUAUUGCCUUACAAAAUGUGUGAAAUUUUCUCUGUAUUUUGAUAAUAAUAAUGUUAUCUUUAAAGAAGACUAGCAAACAGGUCAUCUUGUUAACUCGUAUUUAAUGCAGUUAAAUGCAAUAUUUUAUAAUAAAUUGUGUAAUUAAGUUUUAAAUAGUGCUAAUGUUUAUUUUUUUAAUAAAAAAACAUCGUGUUAUAGAUUUAUAUAUUGUGUAGUUAUGAAAUUAACUUGAAAACUAAUAAUGUAUAAUAAGUAAAGGCGUGUCAAAUCAUAAAUUAUGUUUUCAGUCAAUUGUUUACUUAUUCAAGAAAUAAAGGUAUCAACAAUA